AAUUUGGUCAAACCUGGAAGAAAGAUCUCUGAAGGGAGGAAGACCUGAUCUGUUCUUUUUAAUUUGUUUCUUUUUUUCUAGGGUUUCUGCAUUUCUGGCUGCUUCGCCUGAGAUUACCGGUGGAAGCUUUAAUUUCACUGUGUGGUGGUGGAAAAUGGGAGAAAUUUACAGCUCAAGGUCAUGAUUGCUGCCUUGUUUCUGAAGUGUGGGAUAUUUAGGAGUGAGAAGGGGAAAGACAUCAAAAUGAGAUCUUAUAGGUUGGAAGACGGUUUUCUUUGAGCUGAGGAAGGAAAUUAUCUUUUCAGCUACAGAAAGACUGCUCCUUGUCUCUUGAUAUGGCUCCUGCUGGCAUAGCCCCUCCUUCAAUAGUUGGAAAGUCUGUUGGCAAUACAAUGUCUGUUGAUAAACUUCCAGAGGAAAUAAAUGAGAUGAAAAUCAGAGAUGAUAAGGAAAUGGAAGCUACUGUAGUGGAUGGAAAUGGAACUGAAACAGGUCACAUAAUUGUAACAACAAUUGGUGGUAGAAAUGGUCAACCAAAACAGACAAUAAGUUACAUGGCCGAGCGCGUUGUUGGACAUGGGUCGUUUGGAAUUGUAUUUCAGGCAAAAUGCCUAGAAACUGGAGAAACUGUAGCAAUCAAAAAGGUUUUACAGGAUAAGAGAUACAAGAACCGUGAGUUGCAAACGAUGCGACUUCUUGAUCACCCCAAUGUUGUGUCACUCAAACACUGCUUCUUUUCAACAACGGAGAAUGAUGAGCUUUAUCUCAAUUUGGUGCUUGAAUAUGUACCUGAGACGGUGUAUCGUGUAGCAAAACACUACAGCCGGGCAAAUCAGAGAAUGCCUCUGAUAUAUGUCAAGCUCUAUACUUAUCAGAUCUGUAGAGCGUUGACAUAUAUUCAUGGGGGUAUAGGAGUUUGCCACAGAGACAUUAAACCGCAGAAUCUAUUGGUUAAUCCUCAUACUCACCAGGUCAAACUUUGCGACUUUGGGAGUGCAAAAGUGCUGGUCAAAGGCGAGCCAAACAUAUCAUACAUUUGCUCACGUUAUUAUCGAGCACCUGAACUAAUAUUUGGGGCAACAGAAUACACAACUGCAAUUGACAUUUGGUCCGUGGGUUGUGUCCUUGCUGAGCUGCUUCUUGGACAGCCUCUCUUUCCAGGGGAGAGUGGUGUUGACCAACUUGUUGAGAUAAUCAAGGUACUCGGUACACCUACUCGUGAAGAGAUCAAAUGUAUGAAUCCAAACUAUACAGAGUUUAAAUUCCCACAGAUCAAGGCUCAUCCAUGGCACAAAAUAUUCCACAAGCGCAUGCCCCCAGAAGCAGUAGAUCUUGUUUCCAGACUUCUUCAGUACUCACCAAAUCUGCGGUGCACUGCUUUGGAGGCCCUUGUACAUCCAUUUUUCGACGAACUUCGUGAUCCUAAUACCCGUCUCCCUAAUGGACGCCCCUUGCCUCCUCUUUUUAACUUCAAACCCCAAGAGCUGAAAGGAGCAUCUCUAGAACUUCUGGCAAAACUGAUACCAGAACAUGCUCGCAAGCAGUGCCCCUUCCUUGGUUUCUAGAUCACAAUUACUUGAUAAGGUAUGGAGCUGUUGUGCUAGUGUACCAUCAAUUUUCGCAGUUGAGCUUGAAGGAAUUAAGGAAGCCCCCUGCUUGUUCUUUGUUUUGGUAUUUUCCUCCAAAACAGUUAGUGGUGAAAGCUGCUGGGUUGACCUAGUUUCACAUCCUUUCUUUUGUUGGAUAGAAAUGGCACUGAAGAUGGGAGUUAGUAAUCUUGCUUUACCCAAUUAUAGCUCUGCUUGUCAACAAGAAAAAGCAUCAAUCACUUGGAGGUAUUUAUUAUGGACCUUCUUUUGAGUGAAGGAUUGUUAUAUUUUGAACCUCGAUUUUUUUUAAUGUAAUGAGGUGGGUCAUUCGACUUCAUUUGUGACCAUCUAUGUAUACACAUUAUCGUAGGCUGGUAUGCAGGUUCCAUUCCUUCUCUUGCUUCACUUAAA